CGCCAGCGGCGGGUGGCAUGGCGGCCGUGUGGCGGGGCAGAGACGAGAUGUGAAGGAGCCAUUAAUUAAUUGCCACCAAGACAAGACCCUAGUGGAUUUACAUGUUCCUACUCUCAAGCAUGAAUGAUGACGAUGCCCUUCACAGGUUGGAGGGCUGUGACCCUGGCAAUCAGAUUGGGGGAUUGAUAAUAAAAAAGAAGAGUGCCACAGACGAUCAGCAUAUCUUUCGAGCCCCAGCACCAAAGACCUCACUACUCGGGCUUGAUAAAUUGGCUGCCCAGAAGAGAAAAGAACGGGAAAGAGAAGAAGAAAAAGAGGAAAAGAAGAAAUCCAAGGUGUCAUCAUACAAAGACUGGGAGGAGGGAAGGAUUGUCCCUGUUGAGGAGAGUGAUAGUAAAGCUGGCAAAACUGGGAAAAAGGAGAGAUACUAUCGUACUUCUGGUGCAGAGACACCUUCACACACAGGUGGUGUUAGUGAAGAAUUUAAGGAACGGCAUCGACAAAGAGAACGGGAUCGCCGAGAACAUGGAGUUUAUGCAUCUUCAAAGGACAAUGAUAAGGAAAAGAAAAGGGAUCGAAGUAGAGACCAUGAUCGUGAGUCAAGGAGGGACAGAGAUGAUCGAGAGUCGAGCAGGUCCAGCUCAUCUAGAAUAAAGGACAGAGAAAGGUCUGAGCGAAGUGAAAGGAGUUAUAGAGACAAUUGCUCAGAUCGAAGCAGAAGCAACAGAAAAGAUGAACCAGACACGCCCAGGCACAGAUUGAAAGAUGCUCUUACUCCUUCUCGAUCUAGCUGGGAUGAUGAUGACAGUGGGAAUGGAAGUUAUUAUUCACAUCGAUCUCAAUGGGAAUCUCCAUCUCCUACUCCCUCUCAAAGGGAUUUGGACAAGAGUGAAAGAAGUUAUCGGAGUUCAGGUCGGGACACAGAUAGGCGUGAUAAAGAAAGAUCUAGAAGGAACCAUUAUGAAGAGGAUACACCUUUACCAACACCAUCAUAUAAAUACAAUGAAUGGGCUGAUGACAGAAGGCAUCUGGGGGCAACACCGCGACUUUCCAAAGGCAAAGGUAGAAGGGAGGAAGGUAAAGAUGGCAUUUAUUUUGAGAAUGAAGAUGAGCAAAGGCAAUGGGAAGAAGAUCAAAGGCAAGCAGAUCGAGAUUGGUACAUGAUGGAUGAAGGACAUGAUGACUUUCACAAUCCUCUGGCAUAUACUUCAGAAGAAUAUGUGAAGAAACGGGAACAAUUAUUGCAAAAACAGAGUCAGAAGAGAAUUUCUGCUCAGAAGAGACAAAUUAAUGAGGAUAAUGAGCGAUGGGAAACAAAUCGAAUGUUAACCAGUGGUGUAGUUCAGCGUCUAGAAGUGGAUGAAGAUUUUGAAGAGGACAAUGCAACUAGAGUUCAUUUAUUGGUGCAUAAUUUAGUCCCACCGUUCUUGGAUGGACGAAUUGUCUUCACCAAACAACCUGAGCCAGUGAUUCCAGUGAAAGAUGCCACAUCGGACAUGGCAAUCAUCUCUCGAAAAGGAAGCCAGCUAGUGCGUAGGCACCGUGAGCAGAAGGAGCGCAAAAAGGCUCAGCAUAAACACUGGGAACUGGCUGGGACUAAAUUGGGAGAUAUUAUGGGCAUAAAACAGGUGGAAGAGAAAGAUAAAGAUGUAGAAGAAGAUGGGAGAGUGGAUUACAGAGUUGAUCAAAAAUUUGCUGACCAUAUGAAAGACAAGAAUGUUGCAAACAGUGAAUUUGCAAAAAAGAAAUCUAUUCUUGAACAGAGACAGUAUCUACCAAUAUUUGCUGUCAGGGAGCAGUUGCUAAAUAUAAUACGUGAUAACAAUGUGGUCAUUGUUGUUGGAGAAACUGGUAGCGGAAAGACCACUCAGCUAACUCAGUAUCUUAGUGAAGAUGGGUAUUCAAACUAUGGCAUGAUUGGAUGUACUCAGCCCAGACGUGUGGCGGCCAUGUCUGUUGCCAAACGUGUUAGUGAGGAAAUGAAUGUGAAUCUUGGAGAAGAGGUGGGUUAUGCUAUUCGAUUUGAAGAUUGUACUUCUGAACAAACUGUCAUUAAAUAUAUGACGGAUGGUAUUCUACUUCGAGAAUCUCUGAGAGAAGCAGACUUGGAUCAUUAUAGUGCUGUCAUUAUGGAUGAAGCCCAUGAGCGAUCUCUAAACACUGAUGUACUGUUUGGCUUACUUCGAGAGGUUGUAGCUCGUCGUGCUGAUCUAAAACUAAUUGUUACAUCGGCAACCAUGGAUGCAGGCAAAUUUGCAGUAUUUUUUGGGAAUGUUCCUGUGUUUUAUAUCCCAGGCCGGACAUUUCCAGUGGAUAUUUUCUUCAGUAAGACCCCCACAGAAGAUUACGUGGAAGGAGGAGUUAAACAGGCUCUUCAAAUUCACCUGUCAACUAUUCCAGGUGACAUACUGAUAUUUAUGCCAGGCCAAGAAGACAUUGAGGUGACUUGUGAUCAGAUAGUGGAACGUCUGGAAGAACUAGAAAAUGCUCCCCAACUGGCAGUGUUACCAAUAUAUUCCCAGCUGCCUUCUGAUCUUCAGGCCAAGAUUUUUCAAAAGGCUCCAGACGGAAUCCGCAAGUGUAUUGUGGCUACAAACAUUGCAGAGACAUCACUCACAGUGGAUGGCAUCAUGUUUGUCGUUGAUUCAGGAUACUGCAAAUUAAAAGUCUUUAACCCAAGAAUGGGUAUGGAUGCUCUUCAGAUUUAUCCGAUCAGCCAGGCCAAUGCCAAUCAGCGUGCAGGUCGAGCUGGGAGAACAGGUCCAGGCCAGUGUUUCAGGUUGUACACACAAAGUGCAUAUAAAAAUGAGAUGCUAACCACCACUGUUCCUGAAAUUCAGCGAACAAAUUUGGCUAAUGUGGUGCUGCUGCUUAAGUCCCUUGGCGUUCAAGAUUUACUCCAGUUUCACUUUAUGGACCCGCCACCCGAAGAUAAUAUGUUGAAUUCUAUGUACCAACUCUGGAUCCUAGGUGCUCUUGACAACACAGGCAGUCUGACUCCAACUGGGAGGAUGAUGGUUGAAUUCCCACUUGAUCCUGCUCUCUCAAAGAUGUUGAUAGUAUCGUGUGACAUGAGCUGUAGUGCUGAUGUCCUCAUCAUUGUGUCAAUGCUUUCGGUGCCUGCCAUCUUUUAUCGACCAAAGGGCCGAGAAGAAGAGAGUGAUCAGAUGAGGGAGAAGUUUGCUGUGCCAGAAAGUGACCAUUUGACAUACCUUAAUGUUUACCUGCAGUGGAAGAAUAACAAUUAUUCUACUAUCUGGUCUAAUGAACACUUUAUUCAUGCCAAGGCCAUGAGGAAGGUUCGAGAAGUUCGAUCUCAGUUGAAGGAUAUCAUGGUGCAACAACGUAUGAAUAUUGUAAGCUGUGGUACUGAUUGGGAUAUCAUCAGAAAAUGUAUCUGUGCAGCAUACUUUCAUCAGGCUGCAAAACUCAAGGGUAUAGGAGAGUAUGUGAAUGUGAGAACAGGCAUGCCCUGCCAUUUGCACCCAACCAGUUCACUUUUUGGCAUGGGAUAUACACCAGAUUAUAUUGUGUACCAUGAACUGGUGAUGACUUCAAAGGAGUACAUGCAGUGUGUUACUGCAGUGGACGGGGAGUGGCUAGCUGAACUUGGGCCAAUGUUUUACAGUGUUAAGCAAGCUGGUAAAACUCGACAGGAGAAUCGUCGACGUGCCAAAGAGGAAUUGUCAUCCAUGGAGGAAGAAAUGGCAAUGGCACAGGAACAGCUUCGGGCACGGAAGGAAGAACAGGAAAAAAAGAAUAUUCUGAAUAGUGUGAGGUCAGUCAAGAUCUAUACCCCUGGGCGGAGGGAACCGGGAACACCAGUGACACCACGCCAUACACCAGCACGCUUUGGACUUUGAUUGCUUUUUUAAAAAACUUUUGUACAAAAACUGUCCAAAUAUUCAUGUCUUUAAAUUUAUAUUUGUAUAUUAUAUGUGAGAGGUAAAAUUAAUCUACAUUUUUCUAUUUCUUUAGCAAAACAGAAAUUGUGGUUGUUGUGUGGUGUGUAGGUUUUUCAUUUUGUUAUAGUAAAGUACUAAUGAUGAAUAAAUUCAAGUUUAUCAUCACCAUGGAAUGCAUUCAAGUAGGUGUGACAGCAGUCUUGUUGCAGUCAUCAUGAGAUUUGAGCAGUUGAUCUGUGCCCAGAAUAGAGCCAACUAACUUUUUUUGCAAUGUAUAUAAGUAACUUGUGCAUUCCAAUGGAUAUUUGAGUUAUUAAUUUUUAUGCUGGAAUUGUUUCAUUGUUCAUAUUGCUACACAUUUUCACACUGAUUAGUUCUGUAUUUUUAAAAAAAGUUCUUGAAAUUUUGUUUCUAGAUUAAAAUUGAUAUGUGAAAUGACAUCAUGCAAGGUAUUAUCAAUUGUAAUAAUCUGAAACAUUACCUUUCUUAAGGGGAAUAACUGUAUAAGAGAUUUCUGGCUGGACUGCAUUUUAAUGCAUCUUCAUCUAAAAGAGAUCCUCUUCUUAACCAACCAAUAAGCUUCCUUAAAAGGAAAGGAGAUGAGCAGUCCUCAAUACCUUAGAAUCAACUAAAAUAAUUUAAUCACAAGGGAGAAUACUGGAUCAAGCUUGGAUCUGAAAGUAGAGCAUAAAUGGUAUUUUCCAAGUUUGUGCAGUUGAAACAUAUUGCACAGACAGUAAGAUCUAUUAGAUAUGCUGUAUUGUAUUGUUUCUUAGACAUCUUUUGUUUAAGCAGCCAAAAUUUACUUGCAUUCCAAUUUUUUUUCCCUGCUCUUAAAUUUGUCAAGCCAGACAGGUGUUUGUGUGUCAAUAUUGUGUGAAAUGUUCUUUGAGUAUAGUUUUGCAAGAACGAUAUAGCUUUAUGCUUUAUUAACAAAAUGAAGCUGGCUUUCAGUUUGUAACUUGGAGGUUUUAAAAAUAAAACAGAAAAUGCUGGAAACACUCAGCAGGUUAGGUAACACCCAUGGAGAGAGAAACAUCGUUAACAUUUCAAAUCAUUAACUUUUCAUCGGAACAGGGAUUCCUGAAGAGAUAAAAAUAGUCUUAAGAUUGGAAAAAGGUGGGGAGGAAAAGGCUAACUGGAAAAGCUGGAGAGAUACAUAACAAUAUAUAAUGGAUAAAUAACAAUAAGGAUAAUAAGGCAGGGUAACAAAAGCAGCGAGCUGAAAUGUUAACUAUGUUUUUCUUUUCAUUGAUGCCGCCUGUCAGGUGAGCGUUUCUUGAAUUUUCUGUUUUUACUUCAGGUUUCAUGCACCCUCUGCAUUUUGCUUUUGAGAGUUUGUACCCUAAUUAUAUACUCUCAAAAGGUCUUCUGGUGGAUUGUUCUGACACUGGAAUUCAAAAUGCUUGUUGUGAUUUAAAAAGAAGCACAGCUAAAAAUCUUGGAAACUUUUGUUUAAGUGUUUAAAUUUUUUAAACCUAUUUGUAUGUUCCUAAAGCUACAGACAAUAAAAUCUCAAGAUACUUUUCAACUUCUAAUUAUUCCUCCCAAAAAAUUAAAAUUAGUUCUUUAAAUAUCUAAUUUGAGGUUUAUAUUUUAUUCCAAUAUUUAUUACACAGUUUUAACCGUAAACUGGAUUGCAUCCUCCUCUAACAUGCUUAUUUCUCUGAACCUCCCUUCAUAAAUGUGGGCUCUGAAUGCCACAGUUAACCUGAGAGAAAAUCAAAUUUGCUUGACUUUGCCAUCAAAUUUUAAUCUUGCUGAGGUCCCUCCAUCCUUAGCAAUUGUUCUCACCCAACUGAGUUUUGGUUUUGUGAAACUCUUGUGACACUGGCUUAAGUAAAACAAGGGGUAUGUGGUCUUUUACAGUAGGAAUCUCAUCAAGUUGCACAUUUGUACUUGACGGGAGUCUCAUCAGAUAUUGUAGGGGUGCCCUAAGAAAUGACCUCUGGCCAAAAUUGUCCUCAGAAUCCCAUUGAAAUUCCAUUCCAGUUAGCCUCCAUUUGUACUGCUGUUGGCCUCAACUCUGUUGUAUUUUACUUUUUUUGUACAGUACUGCAGCAGUUCAUGCAGCUGCCUAAUAGCUGUAGAGAGCCAUGUUUGAUCCUGAUCUUGGGUGCUGUCUGCAUGGAGUUAACACAUUUUUCCUAUGACUGCAUGGGGUUUCUUCUAGGUUCUUUUGUUUCCUUCUACAUGUCAAAGACAUGCUGCUUAAUUGGCUACCAUAAAUUGCCACCUGUGUAGAUGGGUGGCAGAAGAAUCUGAGUUGAGGGUGGGAGCAGGAAUUUGAUGCUAGAGGAAAAAUGGGAUUAGUGUAGCUGGAUGCUUGGUGGUUGGCAUGGAUGUUGUGAGCCAAAAGACUUGUUUCUACACUGUAUGACUCUUAAUCAGUCAACCUAUUUUUAACAAAACUUGAACAAUCUUCCAUUCAUGGAAAAUUCAUAAGCUGAAACUAACUAUGAAAGCAAUACCAGUUUUAGAGGAGUUAGAAGAGGUGAAAAAGAGUAUGAACUGGUAUCAUAGUCACAGUAAUCAGAAUUGAUAAUUAUUGUACAGGUUGGCCAAUAGCAAUAAUGAUUAUCUGGUAAAAUGAGCAUAAAUUCAGCAGUGGAGAGCAUUAACUGUAGCAAAGAAACAGUGGAGAGCACCAGUAACCUGCCAGUUUUUGUAUAAACAAAAAUGCAGCUUUUUGCAUAUGGGUAUCAGAAACUUUGUGUAUGUUUGUGUGAAUCAGUUCUUCAAUAAAUGUAAAAAUAUUUUAUUGUAAAAUAAAUCCCAGAUCUUGUAUUCAGAAACUAAGAUUGUGAAAAUGUGUGAGAAUGUUUAUCCAAUAAAUGUGGAAUUGUU